AUGAAUAAUCUAGACUGUAGUUGGAUGUAUGAGAGGUUAGAUGGACGAGGAGGUUUAUACUCUAGAUUUGUAACCGGGGUGGAUGAAUUUAUUCAAUUCUCAUGUUCUCAACCAAAUCGUAUGAGUGGUGACAAAGUUAGAUGUCCAUGUGCAAAAUAUCAGAAUUAUAAAUUCAUGGAUGUUGAAACUGUUAAAUGUCACCUUUAUCAAUCUGGAUUUAUUGAGAACUAUUUUAUUUGGAAGCAUCAAGGGGAAAGAGAUGAUAUAAGUGAGACUUCUUAUGGUAAUGCAUUGCAUGGUGGUGGUCAACCAAUAUGCGAAGAGAAUCCAUACCAACAAAUGAUUUUGGAUGCAGCUGGUCCCAACUUUUCUCAGGGUUCAAGCUGGCAAUCUUAUAGCAAUAGUGAACCCGAGUCAUCUCAUCCUUUUCAACAUUCAAUGGAGGAAGAUCCUAAUCCCGUUUCUAAAAAAUUUUAUGAUUUGUUAGAUGCUGCUGAUGCAGAAUUAUAUCCCAGUUCAUCCCUCUCUCAACUUGUAGUUGUCUCUCUAAUGUUGAAUAUUAAAAUAAAGAACAAUAUGUCACAGAGAGGAUAUAACCAAAUGAUGCAAUUGCUUAAGGAGUCUUUACCUGAAGAUAACAUCGUGCUUGAUAACUAUUAUCAGACGAAGAAGUUAAUGCGUAGCUUGGGUUUGCCAGUUGAAAAGAUUGAUUAUUGUGAAUCAGGAUGUAUGUUGUAUUGGGGUGAUGAUGAUGAACACCUUACAUCUUGUAAAUUUUGUAGCAAGCCAAGAUAUAAGCGUUGUGUUGGCUCUCGUAAGAGAAAAUUGGUCCCUUACAAGAGAAUGUAUUAUUUUCCUUUGAUUCCGAGAUUGCAAAGAUUAUAUGCAUCUCAUGCCACAGCUGCUGACAUGAGACGACAUCAUGAUCAUAAAAAAGAGGAUGGUGUGAUGCGCCAUCCAUCAGAUUCUGAGGCUUGGAAGCACUUCAAUGAAAGUCAUCCCUUUUUUGCCGCUAAACCAAGAAAUGUCAGGUUGGGGUUAUGUACAGAUGGUUUUCAACCAUUCAGUCAGUCUGGAAGAAAAUAUUCUUUGUGGUCAGUGAUUGUUACUUUAUACAAUUUACCUCCAGGAAUGUGCAUGAAAGAAGCUUAUAUGUUCUUAACUAUCAUUGUUUCAGGUCCCAGCAAUCCUAAACAUAAAAUUGAUGUUUACCUGUAA